AUGAUACUGCCUCAGUUAAAGGAAGCGAAGCAUGUGUUGACUCUAUAUCAUCUUCUGAAUACACUUCUCUCCGUUACUUUCCUAUGCACGAAAGGUGUUCCACAGAUUUGUGAAUGGAUAUUCAUUUCCGAACACGGGGAGUGCGCACUUGACUCGCGAGAACGCGAGAUUCUGAUGUUUUUGGCCGUGAUUAUUGCCUGGAAAGGAAGAAAAGCGACAAACUGGCUCCACUACAUUAAUAACGCAUUCCUGUUCUCUAAAAUUGCCAACAUUGCUUUAUUUUUACGGGCAGAUGCCUUCGUUGGAGUAAUAUAUCUACUUAUUGUUGUUGUGAUUACUGUUUUGAUACCAGAACCUGUUUAUAGUGGACCAGAGAAAAUCACUUAUUUCCAAGGAACAGAAUUAUUUGAAGAGUUGGACAGAGACCGUAAAUCGAUAUUCAUUAUUCAAUUUUACACCACCUGGAGCCCUGACUGCAAGCAUGCUACGCCUGUGUUCGCUCAACUUAGUGAAAGAUUUUCCCUGCCUAAUCUGCGUUUUGGGAAACUUGACAUUGGACGUUGGCCAAAAGAAGCAGAGCGAUUCCGUGUUAAUGCCCAUCCCACAUCUAGGCAACUGCCCACUGUCUGCGUUUUCAAAGAUGCUAAAGAAAUAAAACGAAGACCACUUGUCAGCGAGAAACGACGAGCGAUACCUUUUAUAUUCAACCAAGAUAAUUGUAUAUUAGACUUUGAUCUGCUAAAUAUGCACAAAGAAUGCUUGGAGCGUCUGUCUUCCAAAGACAGGAAAGAAAUCGAAGAGGAGAAGAAGUCGCGGUGA